GCGGCCUACAGUUUGCGGCUAAGUUUCCGCUAGAAGAUUGCAACUACGGAUUGGAAUGCGAGUAAUAGCUAAGUCAUUGUAAAACGAGUCUCACCGCUUGUACGACGGGAUCUCACUACAUCAGCAGUCAAUGCCAGUGUACGUUUCAAAUGCUCGGACGAAUUGUCAGCUAAACGCACGCGCGUUCACGUCGAUCUCUAAUUAAUCCGUUUGGAAUAUUAGUUUUCAAGGUUUUAGGGUAUUUUGGUCUUUCGAAGUGUCGUAAAGAUCCAACUCUUAUCGUCGCGACCGAUAGCUCGGUGCCGAUGUACCGUGAGUUUCCAAUCAAGUGAGCGAGGAAUCAUUCCGAACAUCCAUUUGUCGAUCCGUAGCCGUUUACUGAUCAAUUUCUUAACAGAAAUCUGAAUUCUAUCGACGAUAAUGUUCAAGGCUCUCUGAAUAAAACACACCGGUUUUUCCGCGAAGCGAACAAAUUGAAUCAACGAACAAUAGAGCCUGAUAAAUCGAAGUACAACUUUUAUCGAUUCCAGUGCUCGUGCAUCUUUGAAACGUCCGUUUGGAAGAGAAAUUCGGCGAUGCAAGGUUAAAAGAGAUUGUUCAAGUACUUAUAAAAUAAAUCCAAAAAUAAGUGAAACAAAAUACCACGCUGUUACCGAUGCUAACGAUUGUGUGAGAGUGCAGUCUUGGUAAAAUCAAUUAUUGCCGAACGAUCGGCAUUGCCCAACAGCAUGUUGCCGAUAAUAAUUUUCGCAUUUCUAACGAUUUUAAACAUCUCCGAAUCGUUUAUCACGAGUACCGAAGUGACGAUCGGCAAGCUCGGAGUGGCUACAGGAAGAUUGGACGAGUCCAAAUGGAGUCGAAGGAAAUUUUACUCCUUCCAAGGGAUUCCUUUCGCCGAACCACCGGUUGGGGAUCUACGGUACCGGCCCCCGGUCAAGAUGAGCUCCUGGAACGAUAAGAAAAUUGAUGCAACAAAAUUUCGAAAUAUUUGCCCGCAAACUAAACUACCAGGCUACGACGUCGAAGGUUACGACGAGGAUUGUCUUCAUCUCAACAUUUACGUUCCGGCAGGUUCGAGGAAGCUUUUGCCGGUGAUGAUUUGGCUUCACGGUGGUUCAUUUAUGAGUGGGCACGCGCAGAGAUACAAACCCCAUUAUAUUAUGGAAUCGGACGUAAUUCUAGUCGUGCCACAAUUCCGUCUCGGUCCUUUAGGUCUCUUGUGUCUGGAAACUGAGGAGAUUCCAGGCAAUGUUCAAUUCCUCGAUCAAGUAAUGGCGAUGGAAUGGGUUCGGGAUAAUAUCGAAUGCUUCGGUGGCGACUCAAAUAGCGUAACAUUGUUCGGUCAAAGUUCGGGAGGGUAUUCGGUCAACUUACAUUUGUUAAGUCCGCUGUCGCGUGGACUCUUUCAUCGUACGAUUAUUCAAAGUAACGCAAUUUACACGGUGGGAAUAAUAGACAAAACCCCUGUUAAAAGUACCGAAGAUUUUGCCAACGAUUUGGGAUGCAACAUUGAAUCCACUCGGACAAUCACCGAAUGUUUGAAAAACCUAACAGUCAAAACAAUUCUCCAAGGAUUUAACACGUACAAAGUGAAAAAUUUAGGGAAAGAUAAGGAUGACUCUGGAUGUGAUCGUGUAGUGAUCCAAAGAUCUGGAUCGGUGAGAUUUCUUCCGGAUGAACCGAGCGAUUUGAUAUACGAAGGAAAAUAUGAAAAACUACCUAUGAUCGGGGGCACCACGAGCCAAGACGGUAGUCUGCUCGUAACCGGUCUCUACGACGCACUCUCCACGACAAAAUAUUUGACGGAUUCCGAUUUUCUCAGUAACGAAUUGGUCCCCUGGGCAUUGAAACAAAUCGGUAUCACGGACGAAACUCGCGUGUUUUCGAAACUUUUAAUGGAUCGGUAUUUUCCGAACGGGGAGUCCGGCAAUUUUUUAAAAAUGGUCCCCGGUCUGACGGACAUCGGCAGCACGCUGAUUUUCAAGGCCGGUGUUCAUCGGAUGUUGCAGGAGAACAGUCGUUUUCAACCGACCUAUCUAUACACUUUUGAUUACGAGGGUAGCCAGACAAGAUUCGGCUACGAAUCAUCUGCUCAAUAUCCAUUUCGUGGCGGAGUCGCCCAUUCGGAUGACAACAUUUACCUAUUCCCCUUCCCGGACAAAAUGACCGAAGAGGACACGAUCGUGGCCAAAAUGUUCCUCCAAUAUUGGACCAAUUUCGCUAUAAACGGUACCCCGUUCGCGGAUCGGGCGAUAUCUUGGCCGAAAAUGACGACGAGGAACGGUCCCUAUCUGAAAAUCGACUCGAAAUCCAGUGUGGGUGAUAAUUAUCUGGACGAAUACACAGUGACGAUCCGUGAAGGUUUGACAAUGAGAUCGUCGUCUUCGAGUUCAUUCGUUUGCGAUAUUUUUCUCAACAGGGUAAUAAAAACAAUCGCGAUUUCGUUCCUCGCAUUUACGUUCAUAAAUCGUACUUGAAGAAAUGAUUGAAUCGAUCGCGAAAAUUACAGAUAAUUCAACAUA